AACAUCCACAUUUAUCAAAUUGUUUGCCUUUAAUAAUACUAAAAAAGGCUACCGGCAGUCUUGCAAUUCAAGAUAAGUUUAACGAAAGAGAUUAUCAAGAAUUCUUAUCUAUGUCUAAAAAUAUAGAAAAAAGCGCAGGAGCAGGUUCAGAACCCUUUCCUGAUAUCUUUCUUAAUCUGAAAAAAGUGAACAUAAACCUUAUGAAAGAAGUAAUAAUUUUAUUAGCUAAAUAUUAUCAUAAUGCAUAUGAUAAAGAUUUUAUAUUAUUAUCAAAGAUUUAUCUUUCGGAUACUAUGCUGAUACUUCUAAAGAUCAAUGUAUUCAAAGGGCAUACUAAAUCAGCUAAGAUUUUAGCACAAUUUACUCAUGAAGAUACUAAAGAUACUUAUGCUAAUAUAGUUCAAUAUUAUUUUAAAUAUACUGUAUACUUUCUGAAACCAGAAGGUUCUAAGAAAUAUUCUUUAGUAUUCGUGAGAUAG